AUGGAGCCCAUCAUCAUGGACGGAGAUAUGGACAAUAUCAUGGACGACAGAGACACUCUGUGCUUCGACCCUUCAGUGCUCAAUGCCUCGACUCCCAGCCUGGGCCGUGACUUUGAAGACAUGUUCUUCCGGCCGUCCAGUGCUCCCCAGCUUUCCGACGCCAUGUCGUGCUUGUCCCCUUCCGAGAUGCCAAACAAGUCUCAGAAUGACGUUCCACCAGCGGGCUCAACCCCGUCAGACACUCGAUCAGACUCUCCAGAAGAUUCCAGCCACAGCUCCUCGAUGGAUUCGCCUACUGGCCAUCUGCGGAAUGCCUCGCUGGCCUCCAACCACUCCGGACUCUUCAGUCCAGACAGCGCCGCAACCGAACGAUAUAUUCCGGGCUGGCCAAACGCCGACCAGCUCUCCCUGGGCGACGAAGGUGCUUCUUUUCUCGGCCAGGAGAGCGGCGGCCUUUUGACCAGGGAUGACUCCAUGGAGCAUGAUGUUGAGUCCAGCAACAAGGCGAUGGCCUCGGCCUUUGACUUUGAUAGCGCUGCCAGCAGUCCCAGCCCCCUCAAGAUGGAGCUCAAUACUGAAAAGAGUAAACCAACCGUUUUCAAACAGUCGUUCCGCACUCCUUCUUCCUCCACCUUUACCGGAUCCUCCAGUGAUGCAGGCUCAUCGCAACAAUCAGCUCUGGAAGAAGCCUUCGGUGGGAUCGGUAUGAACAGUGGCUCGCCGCUUUCAGCGACAUUAUCUCCGACCUCUACGUUUAGGUCACCGCGCCAGGCCUUCGAAUCGCUAAAGUGCACUCCCGGGGUGGUCUUCCCUCUGAAUGACCGCAACACAGCCAUGUUCCACCCAAACAUCAGCAUGGAGAACUAUAUUCGCCCCCGCCUGAUUGUCCAUCCCACCUCGCUCAAGUCUCGCGUCGAAACGCAAAUCCCUAUCAAGUUAACUCUCUACCCGAUGCCGCCUGGAGUUAAGAAACUGCGCCUUCCAAGCCAUGCCAUCUCCAAGCCAAAGUUCCUCGCCAAGCCUGAUAUCAAACGGUCUCCAGAUAUCCUAGAACUCCGCGCCAGUGUACUAUGCACAAGUGCCAUCCAGGACAAGAAAAAGCGGGAGAGGGCCUUUGCAAGAGCCCGGGGUGAGGAUGUCAGUUCAAAGUCUCCCAAGGACUCCGAGGAAAGCCAGGGCGACGAAGACCUUCCACUGGGAGGGGCGGAAGUCAAAAUAUGUGCUGGCUGCAUCCAAAGAGAACGAAAGCGUGCGUCCCGGAAAAAACAACGGAAACCCGAAGAAGAUGAAUUGUUCCAAAGAGACGAGGAUAAACGGGUUAUUGUUUUCAACACCACAGAGAUCAAGGAUUGGACAGAUCCUCCUAGAACCCCUAACUCGACAAACUGUGAUCCUUCACUGCCCAUUGCGCCCCUCGGUGCAAUGCAAGUAGAGUUGCCAAUGAGAAUAGCGUGCUACUGCAGACAUCAGAACGAGAAAGUGGGCUUCCAGGUUCUUUUUACCAUCUUUGACUACAUGGACAACCCAAUUGCUCAAGCAAUUACCAAUUCAAUCAUGAUCACUGAUGACCAUAAGACACAUGCGCCGGCAAACUAUGCCACAGCUCCCAAUUCUACAGUAACAGACCCCCAGUUCCCACCUGCGGCGAUGUUUCCUGGGAACCCCGGGAUCGAUCUGUCGAAACCUUUCGUGCAUUCCGUGCCCUAUAAAAUGUCUCCUUCCGCCAACGAUCUGCAAGCACUCCGAAAUCGACAAUACCCGUUAACUCCCGUUUCCUCAAAUCAGUCACAGAAUAAUAGUACAACUGCAGCUGCUCCUAUCACUACCCCUCGGAACCUCUCUCGCCAAGCAUCUCCUUCUGACGGUACUGGCCCUCUUGCUAAGCGACGGAAGCAGAGCGGAUCUGGGAAAGUUCCUUCAGGAUUGACCAUGUCACGAAUUGAGACCCAGAGAACAUCACCAUCUGCUAGCAACUCUCCCUUACCUUCAAGUCUUCCAUCUGCCAAUGGAAGCUCAGAUAAGGCCUAUGUCACACCUGCGAUGCUCAAUCCACAGUUUAUAAAUGGGCCACCCACACCAAACAAUAAUGACGGGAUGUUCUUUAGUCCACUCGACACCACUAACCCAAUGGACAACAUGGGACAAUCUUCUUUGAUAUCUGCACCGAAUUCCACUCACCCAAGCCGCCCCGGUUCCCCUCGCAGUAGGUCUCAGGACCAAGUUACGGGCUUGUCUAGCACAGGAACUCAAAACCACUCUUGGAGCGUGCCGACGGGGCUUCCUCCACCACAGGUACCCUCAAUGAUUCAUAAACUUGUCCCAGCUGAGGGCUCAACUACCGGUGGAAGCGAGGUCACUCUCCUCGGUAGUGGCUUCUACCCGGGUAUGGAGGUUGUUUUCGGUGAUACAUUAGCUACCACCACUACUUUCUGGGGCGAGAAAUGUUUGAACUGUCUUACUCCGCCUUCGGUUAAGCCAGGAACUGUCCCAGUUGUCUUCAAGCAUGAGCAUCCUCGAUUGGGACAACAGCAGCCAGGACAGCCCAUAAUCCCGAAACCACAAAUCUUCUUCCGUUAUGUGGAUGACCGCGAGCUGCAAAUGUAUAGAAUUGCGCUUGGGAUACUAGGCCAGAAGCUUAAUAACCCUGCUGAUGCCUAUCAAACUGCACAGCAAAUCAUGGGGGGCAACGGGAAUAGUUUGUGGAAUCUUCAAAACAAUUUCCAGGGUGAUGGCAGUUCUGGAGGCCAGCAACGACAAGCCCCAGCCAACAACCAGACCGCGAACAUCACAGACACCGACGCAAAGAUGCUGGUGUAUCUUGAGUUCAUGGACUUGGAUGGCAAUCCUGGCUCUACAAAAUAUAACUCUCGUUCACCAUCUGGACAGACUCUCCUCCACCUUGCUGCUUCACUAGGGUUGACUAGGUUCGUGGCGGGCUUGCUUGCCCGGGGGGCUAACCCUGAUGUUCAGGACAAGAACCAUAACACCCCGUUGCAUUUGGCCGCUCUCAGUGGGCACACGCAUAUUGUCCAUCGUCUUCGACUCGCUGGUGCCAAUAUCACAGCGCCUAAUCUGCGCGGCUUCACUCCUGCUGACCUUGCAACCACCCUGGAAACACACCGUGCCGUAAUUGCUUCUACCAAUCACUACCGCUCAAGAAGCGUGGGAUCGACUUCUCCCUUGCGCCGACGACCAAGCUCUGGUUCUCUCGACGGAUUCUGGGAGCCAACGUCCUCGAGCGAUGCACCUGAAACUGAAGAAGAAUCCACUGAUGAUUCAGACAGUGGACGUACGUCUGAUGUACCAGAGUUACUAUAUGCACAGCCCAAACGCACCAAAUCAGAAUCCCGCAAGGAAAAGAAACAAUAUUUCUCGAUUCCUAGGAAAGCUAGCAUUUCCCAAACAUCUACUCUCGCUUCUCCCGAGGCUGAUGUUGUCGCUGGCAUGGCCCGCAACCCAUCGCCUCCUGUGGCAUUGGUUGCAUGGCGAGAUCAGCUGGCAGCUCAAAUCAACCAGUUCCAGCAAAACGUCAGCCGAGCAUUCCCCAACCUUCCUAACCUUCCUAAUCUGCCAAACCUCCCGGCAUUGCCUACACUACCUCAAAUGCCCACCCUCCCUCAGAUACCGACACUCCCCCAGAUUCCAACUCUUCCAGACUACCAAACUCACCCAAUGAUCCAACGUAUCAGCUCCCUUGUUCCACACAGGCCGACAUCGGCCUGGUCUACCAAUAUCAUGAAGGACGGCUGGGGCAGAUUAACUGGGAAUUCCUCACCACCGGCAUAUGAGGAGCUAUACCCUCAUGAAACCGACUCUGGCUACGCUGACAAGAAGUCGUCUAUGGUCGAAGCUGCUCUGGAUGCCGCGGCAGACCAACACUUUGCGGAAGCAGAAGCCUCAUCACAUUCUCAUGCUUCGUCCUCCAAGGAGGAGUUUGGUGACGUGACUAUAGGCAGCAGGAAUAUCUCAAAAGUACACCAGGAUCAGCUCAGAAAGGCACACGCACAAAAGAUGAAGAGAUUCCGCAGUGAUCGUAAUCUCUUUGUCAUUUGGAUUCCUCUCCUGAUAAUUAUUGUUGCGGCGAUGCUGAAAAACCUCAUUCCUGAUAUCUGGCAAGCUGUUUCUUACGGAUAUGAGCUCGUAAUGUCUCAUGUCAACCCGCCGGUCCCCAACCGGAAUCUUCUAGCUACUUAG